GGAUGGUGAAGCAGUGGACAAUCUCAGCGGCUUUGUCUCCCUCGCAGCUUGCCAUAGUAACGCUGACAAAGCGGCUCGCUGCAGUGCAACGGCUGCGCAGCGACCCCAAACAAAACUCCCCAGCCCUGGAAAACCGGGAGUGCGAGACAGAGGGAGAGGGAGCCUCGGCAAUGCUCCUCCCGGGAAGGGGCAGCUUCACUCCGGAGAGGGAGUGGAGAGGGAGAACUCCCUGCUGGAGCGUUGCCUGAGCGAGCGCCUGUUACAGCAAUGAGCACUGACAGCCAGUAUGAGGACAGUGUCUCUGACCUGCUGCUGGAGAACAUCAAACACAGGCUGCUGAGCGCCUUCAGGGUAACUUCCGCCCAGAGAGAGCCGCCUGCUUCCUGGUCGCUCAGCACCAACCCUCGGGCUGAUCAGGAACUCCGCAGAGCCAAGAUCGAUGGGGCCAUCACUUGGCUCCGGACUGAACUGUUGGAGAUGCGAUCCCAGGAUCGGGAGCUCGCUAAAACCUUGUUGGAGUUAAACAGGGAAAUCCAGAAGCUCAGGAAUGAACAGGAAUUCUGCAGAAAUAUGCGCAGUGAGUCUCCUUCAGAGCUUCGGGAUCCUGAAAUUCAAACUUCCAGGCAACCAGACAAGGAAGGAGAGCCGGAGUUGCUCAGUUCCAGGAACUGCAGAGAGCAAACUGAUCGAUUCUAGGGUUAAUGGCCUGAAUUUGCAAAGUGCUUCACACUUAAAAUAUCAUGAUGUAUUGUCUGGGUCAAACAACAACAUGAGGAAAACUUAAUAAUGUGACCAUUCUGAAGAAAGGACCUGAAAUGUGAACUCUGCUUUCUCUCUACAGAUCCCACUGAACCUGCUGAGUUUCUCCAGCACUUUCUGAUUUUUGUUUUUUUUUCACUUUAUCCAUUUGUGAGAUGCUGGCCUCACUGGCUGGGCCAGCAUUUAUUGCCCAUCCCUUGUUACCCUUGAGAAGGUGGGGGUGAGCUGCAUUCUUGAACU